AUGGAAAAAUGUGAUGACGAAAACACGUUACCAAAGGCCACUGUCGACAAGAUGGUAUCGUCUAUGCUUCCAAAGAAUUCCGUUGUUCCAAAGGAAUCCAAAGAAAUUUUUCAAAGUGCAUGUGUCUAUUUCCUGAAUAUGCUAACACUGGAAGCAAACAAGGCUUGUGAGGAAGAAAAGAAGAAGACGAUAAGCUAUGAACAUGUCUACAAGGCGUUGAAGAACCUUGGGUUUGAGAAUUAUAUUGAUGAUUGCACGAAAGAGCAUGGAAAUUAUGAGAAUUACAUCAAGCAGAAGCCAUCCAAAAUUGACAAGUUCAAGGACUCCGGGUUAUCUAUGGAAGAGCUCCAUAACCAGCAAAUCAAACUUUUUCAAAAUGCAAAGCUUCAAUUCGAAAGGUCCUUCGAAGACGACCAUUGCGGUGAUAAUGAAGGAUAA